AUGCAGUAUGAUUCCGAUGAACUUAACGCCACCGGCACCGUCACCGACAUCGCCACCAUCAGCGCUGCGAAGCCCUUCCUCGUCGUCUUGCCUGACGCCACAUGCCCCAUCACCACUGUCGCUGCUAUGAAGUUCUUCCUCACCUUCUCACCUGACGCCACCGUCACAUCAUCACCGACGUCGCCACUGUCACUACCACCAACAGACUCGAGAUCAUCAGCUAUUCAUCCCUCUCCACAUAGAUUGAGCUUGUGGCGGAAAAAAGCUAGAGUUCUUGAUCUCAGAGCCACAGAAAGAGGAGAGGGCAAGGGAAGUACUCAGACCCAUCACUUUCUCAGGAGAAGGAAAAAGGUUAAAGCUUUGAUGCUCCGCGAUGGAGUUUGGAGCUUUGAUCUCGACUUCGUUGGUGGCGGUGGCGGUUAUGUCGGCGACAGUGCUUCUGGUGAGACGGCAAGGAGUGAUCACAUUUCAUCCAUUUUGUCGGAAAAGCCUGAUCGGGUUCUUAGGUGUAGACAUGUGUCUAUCGCAGAGCCUCCUCCACAAAUCAUAGGCCUUUUAAGAGAAGCUGGGUUCUAUCAUGCGGCUCAAAUUCUUAAUUUCCGAAUUGAUGCCGCUCUUGUGAGCGCAUUAGUGGAGAGAUGGCGGACUGAAACACACACAUUCCACCUUACAUGCGGUGAGACAACAAUCACGUUGGAAGAUGUGGCACUAUUACUUGGCUUACCGAUUAACGGCCACGAAGUCAUCGGUCAGACUUCCGGCUUAGGAAGUGCUGUCUGUGCAGAGUUGCUCGGAGUGGUCCCACCGGCGGAGCAAAGGAAAGGUCAGAGUAUAACUCUAACGUGGCUUGAGGAAACAUUUGGCAUGCUGUCAUACGAUGCAGGUCAACGACAGAUAGAAUGUUAUGCACGUGCCUAUAUCCUAAGGCUUAUCGGUUGUGUCCUCAUGCCAGAUAUGUCUCAGAAUAGGGUUCAUCUGAAGUGGUUACCACUUCUGAGGGAUUUUACAGAAGCAGGAAGAUACAGUUGGGGUUCAGCAUGUCUAGCAACCCUGUACAGGUCUUUAUGCCGUGCAUCCAACAAGGAUAUGAAAAAUAUCAGUGGAUAUAUGAUAUUACUUCAAUCAUGGUCAUGGUAUAGGAUUUCAAGUAUAUCCCCUCGAACCCGCGGUAUUGUAUCCUUUCCUCUGGCUCGUAGGUGA